UUUUUAUUUUCCGAUAUUCCUAGAGGCUUGUGAACGCACCCCUUCCCAUUGACCAGGCAUCCCUUCCGGUAGAUGAGGUCAACUUUUCCCUAGAUCCGCCAUUUCAGUCCGGGAGUUUUCUUGUUGCACAUUAGUUUGGGGCUUUUUUGGGUCAUUUAUCACACCAAACACUCGUCUACAAGCCUUUAGACAACGCAGAAAGCCUUCCUGCGUCUUCGUUGCUCGCGAAAACCCGCCUCAAGUCGUGAUAGUCCACCGUUUUUCAAUGCCGGGGGAGCGUCCCUGACCCAAAGUUUUUUGUAUGAGUUGCGGAUAAAAAAAGAGAGUGAGCGUUAGAGGCGAAGGGGGGAACAGGGCCUCAAGCCUCGGGGCGUUCAUUGUUCAGUCAUGGCCGGUAAUUUUGACGCCGAAGACCGUGCGAGUUGGUUCUGGGGCAGGCUGAGCCGCCAGGAAGCCGUUUCUCUCUUGCAGGGGCAGAGGCACGGCGUUUUCCUGGUGAGGGACUCCAUAACCAGCCCUGGGGACUACGUGCUGUCCGUGUCCGAAAACUCCAAAGUGUCCCAUUAUAUCAUCAACAGCAUCAGUACUAACAGACUAUCCGGCUCAGGUGUGGCUCCUCCACGGUAUCGCAUCGGGGAUCAGGAGUUCGAGGCCCUGCCGGCCCUGUUGGAGUUCUACAAGAUCCAUUACCUGGACACUACCACCCUCAUCGAGCCCAUCACCAAAUCCAAGCACAUGGGAUUCAUCUCUUCCGCCGGUGUGCCCCCGCAGCAGAGCGAGGAGGUGGAGUUUGUCCGGGCGCUCUUUGACUUCCUCGGUAACGACGACGAGGACCUCCCGUUCCGCAAGGGCGACAUCCUGCGUGUGCUGGAGAAGCCGGAGGAGCAGUGGUGGAGCGCCGCCAACCAGGAGGGACGUGCCGGGAUGAUCCCCGUCCCCUACGUGGAGAAGUACCGGCCCGCCUCGCCCACGGCGGCUGGCCCCGGUGCCCCGCUUGGGGGCACGGGACAAGCGGGUCAGGUUGGGGGGACGGUGGUCGGCGCUGAUGGAACGGGGCCGCCUCAAGCCCUGGGCGACCCGGGCCAGUACGCCCAACCGGUGGUCGCCACCCAGCUGCCUAACCUACAGAACGGGCCGGUUUACGCCCGGGCCAUUCAGAAGAGGGUGCCCAACGCCUACGACAAGACGGCACUGGCUCUGGAGGUGGGUGACAUGGUGAAAGUGACCAAGAUCAACGUGAACGGCCAGUGGGAGGGCGAGUGCAAAGGCAAGCGCGGCCACUUCCCCUUCACCCACGUGCGACUGCUGGAACAACACCAGGCGGAUGACGAGAGCUGAGGAAAGCUCAUCGCCGGGGACCCGCCUCUUGUGUAUUUUUGUGUCAGUGGAGGGACACACACACACACACACGCACCAAACUACAGAAGCACACACCUACAAAGCAAACCUACAAGCUAAACUGGUCGUAGGCCCUCAAGGCCGACGCGGACGAGCUGAGAUUGAACGCCUUCUUCUUUGAUGGACGCCAAAGCUCAUUGGAAUGACAACAGCGAAAAUUAUUCCUGAUUACUGUGGUUGUCGUGGUUAACAGUCAAAUCCAAAAUGAGAUAACACUUUAAUUUUGUACAUGUUUUUUUAUUGAUAAGGUAUAUGAAUGAACCUAUUUUAUUUUUAGGUUACGUUCCCCCAUGAUUAAUUCUCAACCCAAACUGCCCGUAAUGUCGUAUUAAGCCCUGAUUACAUGUGCAAACCAAAAAGUGAAUGUUUACACAUCCAUCUUAGGGAUAGCUCAUCGAUCAUUGAUAGCCAAUUUAUUUUAUUUUGAUGGUCUGAAGGAAACUAGGCCAUGCUGCUGCAUCCAUACAAACAAACAGCGAUGUAGUGGCAUUACAUUAUUUGGCUUAAUACAACUCUGGCAUUGGAAAAGGAGUUCACAACAUUCAUUAACAAUUCUCAAAUUGUUACAUUUUGUUGAAUGUGGUCAAAUGCCACUGCCUUGUCGGACCAGAACCCAAACUAGUGUUAAGUGUCUUAGCUUUGUCGCAUUAGCUUCCUCAGUUAAAUGAACAGAAGCAAUCUGAUUUUUUUUUUUUAAUUUCCUUUUCUUUGUGACACCAAAUAUGAAGCAUCCUAGCCAAACUUUAGUCUUACGUUUUACAAUUCUCUUAGCACCCAACUGGAACCAGAAAAAGUUGGGCUGACUAUCUGAGCUACCUAGCGUUUCCUCGCUGUGUUAAAAUAACUGAACAAAAAUCUGCGAGUUGAGGCAUGAUACCUUGAGAUGUAAAUUUUGAAACUUUUCCAAAUGACAUUCUUAUGUCUAGGUUUUAUCUGCUGUCUUCCACUGUAUUUGAUCAUGGAAAUGCGACAUCUGGCUAAAACAAAAAAGCAAAAAAUGUUGCAUGUACUGUCCCAGCAUUUUAUCUUGCUACACUAAAUAAUCUGGGAAGUGGUAGCAGUUCAUUUAUGCAUCUUGAUGUCAAAUUUCUCUGUGACUGCUUGAGAUGUGUGAUGCCAAAUUUAGUCCCUUUUCUUCCUCUGUUUUGAUCAAGUAAAUGUAGUCAAAUGUCAAUCCUGCAUUUAGCCAGAAACCAAAUGAGGCUCAUUAACUAUUUGAGCUAUUUAGCAUUAGCUGCUUUCAUUUCAAAUGAACAAAAAAAUCUGGGAAGUAUUCCCAAAUGGUUGCCAAUGUUCUGGUAGCAACAAUGAAAAAAGCAAACUUGACCUCAAGAUCUGAGACUACACUUUACUGUUUACUUUCCGCUCAGUAUUGCUCUGUCUUUAUGUUUGUGUGUAUGUUUUUUGUUUUUUUAAAACUCAAUCGAAUCUACAAACAUUGCGUUAAGACUGUGAACCAUCUGAGACAUUUCUGACCCAAAUAUUGCGGGCCACACUACAAAUGAGCAGAAAGCUACACUACAUUCAAGGCAUACGUGCUAAUUGCCUUUUUGCAAAAAACAAAAAUGUAAUAAGUCAUUUCAUAGAAUGAAUGAUAAAUCAUUAAUUCAUGUAUGGUAAUUGAAUCUUUGAAAAAGAAAAUACGAUUUAAAAACAUGUUGGUUAUCUGUCAAGAGUCUUCCUUUUAUGCGAAGUAAGCCAUAUUGCGAGGAUAUACCUGAUAUUGGAAGAGUAAACUUGUAACUUUACACUGAAAGAUGUAUAAGGUGUGGCCAUAAUACUGCUUUGUGUAUUUCCAGAGGUAGACAUAUGCUGCUAAAUGCUGAAAGUGUUAAAAAAAAAAAACGGGAAAAAAACAAGCUCUGAUUCCUAAACUUUCAUUGUAG